AUGUGGUUAGUCAGUGAGCGUCGGGGCCGAGCCGACGGCGACGGCGACGGCACGGAGCACGAGCACAGGAGCGCGGGAGAGCCGCGCUGGUCGCUCAGCCAGCGCGCCGGCCACAGCACGGUGGAGUUCAAGAGCACGGCGUGCGCGGGGGCCGCCGAGCCGCCCGCGCCGCCACUCGCCGCGCUGCCGGACCCGCAGCAGUUCAACAUAUUCCCGGCCUUCUUCAGCCGCCAGCUCAACUUCAGCGGCGGCGGUGGAUGCGGCCAAGGCUCCAAAAUAAUGGAAGAGUUGAGACCGAACCUGGUCGGUGGGCUGCUGGGCGUGCCAGGGUUACUGGACGAGCACCAGCAAGACGCCAAGUUCCUGCCGGCGGGAGGUGAGAGCAAGUACACGCCAGACAAGGGCCGCAAGUGCAGCAACGCGUCCUCGUCGUCUGCGGAGGAGUUCGGCGGACUGUACGGUGGGGAGCACGCUGCCACGCCGCCGGCACCACCUCUCAGCCGCUCCUUGCAAGAUAACACAGGGUAUGACGAGAGGGACUGUCAAACUCUUACUAAAACACCACUGUUUCUUCUACUAAUCCAGGUCGAAGUUGCAGUAUACAUAUUGCGCUUGACCCGUGAUCCCGGCUACAUAUCGGCCCUGUUGGGCCUCAUCCAUGAUGGUCUUCAUUGUUAG